GGCCCAGCCAGCAGUCCUCUCUGCCUUUUCGUCCAUGGCCAUGCCUCGGUCUCUGCUCCUGCCAUUGCUGCCCCUUCUGCUGCUGCUGCUGCUUCCGCUUGAGAUCCCCAAAGCAGCCAGGGCAUCUCCGCGGCAAGGGUCCUCCGAAGUUGCGGCCACCUGUAAGGCCCAAGAUCUGUGCUUGCUCGGGCCACGCCCAUUGCCCCCUGCACCGCCUGUCAAUGUCAGCCUCUAUUAUGAGUCCCUGUGCGGAGCUUGUCGGUACUUCCUGGUCCGAGAUCUGUUCCCGACCUGGUUGAUGGUUAUGGAAAUCAUCAACAUCACCCUGGUGCCCUAUGGGAACGCGCAGGAAAGAAAUGUCAGCGGCACGUGGGAAUUCACGUGUCAGCACGGGGAGCUGGAGUGCAGGCUGAACAAGGUGGAGGCCUGCCUGCUGGAUAAACUGGAAAAGGAGGCUGCGUUGCUAACCAUCGUCUGUGUGGAGGAAAUGGAGGACAUGGAGAAGAAACUUGAGCCGUGCCUGCAGGUGUAUGCUCCAGAGGUGUCAGCAGACAGCAUCAUGGAGUGUGCCACCGGGGAGCGCGGCACGCAGCUCAUGCACGCCAAUGCCCAGCUCACCGAGGCCCUGCAGCCGCCCCAUGAGUAUGUGCCCUGGGUCCUGGUCAAUGAGAAACCUUUGAAGGACCCCAGUCAGCUCCUGAGCUCUGUCUGUCAGUUGUACCAGGGAGCAGAGAAGCCAGAUGUCUGCUCCUCCAUGGCUGACCCCCCCAGGAAGGUUUGCUACAAAUGAAGGUCAUUGUGGAAAGAAAAACAAGAGCCCAGCUGCACAGCCUUCUCAAAUCCUCAGCCCUCAGAGAUACCACUCACUCACCCAUGAGAAAACUUAGACAUAUCCCACCAAACAGCCUCGAAACUCUCCACGUAUUCAAGAAUCUUGCCUUGUUUCCAAAUGGUGCUAAAUUUAAAUUCAAUGAAUAAAUAAUUUAGAUUGA